GUCCUCUUCAGCGACCUACGGGCUCGUGCAAAUCCAAGCGAAAGGAGGGUGUACUGGCUUGAGGGGCCGACCAAGCGACCAUGAACUACAUACAGCUGGAAAAACUAGGCGAGGGGACGUAUGCGACAGUAUACAAGGGCCGUUCGCGGCACUCGUCCGAGAUCGUCGCGCUGAAAGAGAUCCACCUCGAUGCGGAGGAAGGGACGCCAUCGACGGCGAUCCGCGAGAUCUCGCUGAUGAAGGAGCUGCGCCACAGCCAUAUUGUGCGCCUACACGACGUCAUCCACACUGAGUCGAAGCUGAUGCUCGUGUUCGAGUACAUGGAUCAAGAUCUGAAGAAGUACAUGGACAUACACGGCGACCGUGGCGCGCUCGAUCCCGUUACUGUGCGCAGCUUUAUGUUCCAGCUGCUCAAGGGGACCGCUUUCUGCCAUGAGAAUAGGGUGCUGCACCGCGAUCUCAAGCCGCAGAAUUUGUUGAUCAACAAGAGGGGAGAGCUCAAGCUGGCGGAUUUCGGUCUGGCACGUGCGUUUGGCAUACCGGUAAACACAUUCUCGAAUGAGGUCGUUACGCUAUGGUACAGAGCGCCGGACGUCCUGCUCGGCUCGCGAACCUACUCGACCUCGAUCGACAUCUGGUCCGCCGGUUGCAUUAUGGCGGAAAUGAUCAGUGGCGUACCGCUAUUCCGAGGGAGGGACAACAAUGACCAGCUCAACCAGAUCCUCCGCAUUCUCGGUACGCCGGAUGAGGCAACGAUGAAGAGGCUCGUCAACGACUCGCCUGAGGUCCAGGUCCGACCUUUUCCUCGCACACCCAAGGUCCCAUUCCAGCAACUGUAUCCAAAAGCGCAUCCACUGGCUAUCGACCUGCUGGAGAAGCUACUCAAGUUUGACCCGACGCAGCGCAUAUCCGCCGAGGACGCGCUGCGCCACCCGUAUUUUUCCACAUCCGAAGCGAUCGCAGGCCUCCAGCAAUCGUCGAGCAUUCCCAGGCAGCUAUCACAGAGCGCGCAGGAUGGGCAGUGGAAUGAUAACGCCGCACGAGCGCAGGCCCACGCUAGACAACAUGCAGCGAGCAUGGCGCAGCAGCAGAUUAUGCACAACGCCGCAACGACGGCGCACAACCAAGCAGCGUACAUGCAAGGGUGACGGUGACGGGGAUGGUGAUGACAAUGGCUGGUGGCCGUUGAUGUAGUGACUGUCGUCCCCCUGCGCAACUUGUAUUGUACGCCGGCUCCUUCGAUGUAUGCAAAAUGUAAGACAAAUUCUGG